AUGGAUAUGUUAAAUGAAAAUUCAAAUAUUUCUGAGUUUAUCCUUCUGGGACUUUCCAGUUCUCAAGAAACUCAAAUAUAUUUUUUUGUUAUCUUCUUUCUUGUCUAUGUAGCUAUUAUAGUGGGGAAUCUCCUAAUUGUGAUCUCUGUGAUAUUUGAUCAUCGUCUUCACUCUCCUAUGUAUUUCCUUUUAGCAAAUUUAUCAUUUUUUGAUUUAUGUCUUUCCUCUGUGGCAACUCCCAAAGUGAUUGCAGACUUCCUUAUAAAAUGUAAGUCUAUCUCAUUAUGGGGCUGCAUGGCCCAGAUGUUUCUUAUGCACUUCUUUGGGGGUGGUGAGAUGUCUCUCUUAAUAGCCAUGGCCAUAGACAGGUAUGUUGCCAUAUGCAAGCCCUUGCACUACAAGACUAUCAUGAACCACAGGAUGCUUAUACUGUUUCUUUUGCUCUCAUGGACAAUUGGGUUCAUACAUACCACAAGUCAAAUGGUUUUCAUAGUGGGUUUACCUUUCUGUGGUCCAAAUGUUGUAGACAGCAUUUUCUGUGAUCUCUCCCUCGUCAUCAAGCUUGCUUGCACUGAGACCUAUAUCUUGGAGCUCUUGGUGAUUGCAGACAGUGGGCUCCUGUCCCUGGUCUGCUUUAUUCUGUUGCUCAUAUCCUAUAUUAUCAUGUUGGUCACCAUCUGCCAGCAUUCCUCCAGUGUACCCUCCAAGGCUGUGUCCACAUUAUCUACUCAUAUCACAGUAGUAACUCUCUUCUUUGGCCCAGCUAUCUUCAUUUAUGCUUUUCCAUUCAAAAGUUAUUCUGUAGAUAAAUUUCUUUCUGUGUUUUAUUCUGUAAUCACACCCUUUCUUAAUCCAAUUAUUUAUACACUAAGGAAUCAGGAAAUGAAGGCAGCCAUCAAGAGACUAAGCAGCCAACAUAUUGGUUACUGCUUGGCCCCUUAA